CUGCUCCUCACCUCCACCUGUCUUUGCUGCCUCGUGGAUCCGAGAGGAGCUCUUGCAGUUUUGAGUGACAUUUAUGGAGACCUUGUGUUUUGGGGUGAACCUGCUGGUCGGACUCUUUUUGUCAGGAAUCUGUGCUGUCGCUUUUCCUCCAACACACAUCGCGCAGCAUGCCCCGUUCCAGAGAGCCCAGCAGUCCAAACCCUCUGAGCAGCAGAAGCAGCAGGUGAACACCGUCAGCGUCACCUGCCAUCCAGACUCCCUGGAGAUCACCAUCAAGGCCGACAUGUUCGCGGUUGGAGCUCCAGUCAACAGCGAGGAGCUGCGUCUGGGAGUGGAUCACAGUGAUUCCUGCAGAGCUGCAGCUUCUUCAGAGGAUGAGUACAGGAUCGUAGUUGGACUGGUGGACUGUGGCACCAAACACUGGAUGACUGAAGACUCCCUGGUCUACACAAACCUCCUCAUUUAUGCCCCUGAGGCCUCCCCUAAUGGACUGAUUCGGAUGGACGAGGCUGUAAUUCCAAUCGAGUGUCAUUAUGAAAGGAAGUACAGUUUGUCCAGCUCUUCACUCAUGCCAACCUGGAUCCCUUUCACGUCCACGCAGGCUGCCGUGGAAACGUUGGCGUUCGACUUGAGACUGAUGACGAAUGACUGGAUGUAUGAAAGAAGCGCCAACGUGUUCCACCUCGGCGAGCCCAUCUGCAUCGAGGCCUCGGUCCGGGUCGGACAUCACAUGGGGCUCAGGGUGUUCAUCAGCAGCUGUGUGGCGACGCUUCAGUCGGAUAUUUACUCCGAGCCCAAAUACAUCUUUGUGGAAAAUGGGUGUCUGCUCGACUCCCAGCUUCCGGGUUCGAAGGCUCACUUCUUACCCAGGACGCAGGACGAUAAACUCCAGUUGGUCAUCGAUGCCUUUAAGUUCCACAAUGAUGACAGAGGAGAGCUCUACAUCACAUGUCACCUAAACGCUGUUCCAGUGAACGACGCAGAAGCCCCGAAUAAGGCGUGCACUGUUGUAAAUGGAAGAUGGCGGUCGGCUGAUGGGAACGACUACCUGUGUGGCUACUGUCAGAAUGAAGCUGGCCAGCCGUACAGCAAACCCAGCAGCUCCAGCAGGUUCGAUCCUCGGGGGUUCGGGAAGCUGGCAGAGCCUGAACCGCUGUUUAAAAGUGGACUGAGGACUAAUCAGGUGUGGGAUCAUGAGAAAAAGUUGGGUCCUGUGAUGGUUCUGCCGUCACGGAGAAGUGGGCCACUACCUAUGGAAGAGCUUCCUCCAGUUCUCAAUAAAAUCAGCAGAACUGCACUGUAUGGCAGCCGGUGGAGAAGUGGAAUAAGCGGACCUGUUACAGAUGUGGAGAAGAUACUGCUCACUCCUCCACCAGACUUGGAAGAGGAGGAAGAAGAUUAUGACGAUGAUGACGACGAUGAUGAUGACGAAAAAAGCGGAAAGGAUCUAAAAGGAGACGACACAGACUAUAAAGAUGUUGCACCUCUAGAAAAAGCUUCCCCAGACUUCAAGGUGAAACCGUUGCCGGUGGAACUGGACCUGAACGCCACAGAAGCUCCCAGUGACGUCAGCUUCACCUCCCAGUACGAAGUGAAGGAGACUUUACUGUCCAACACAACCACUGCCCAACCUGACCCAGAGACAACAGACCCAAAGAAAUAAACGCUUCCAAAUACAUUUUA